UCUCAGUAACUGAAUUGCACUUUUGUACCCUUUAAGACAUUUGCUGGGGCCCUGUCACUGUCCACCCUCGCCAAACACUCUAGGCUAGGCCUCCCUCUCCAGAAUGGCUGGGAGCCACCUUUGUGACAUCACAUGACAUAUGAAGAAGAAAAUGACUUCAGCAGAUGGUUGUCCCACUACUAAGACUUUAGAAAUUUGUGGACAGUAUUUCUUGGGCAUCCCCACUGGGACCAAAGGCAUUUUUGACUCACAAGGACAGUGACUAGAGGUCUUGGGUACAACUCCUCAUGCUAGUAUAGGACCAUGGAUACUCAGACUACUGAAGAUGACUGUGAGGCCAAUCUGGCCCCAGCUGUUGAACUGCCAGCAAGUGAGGUCCCAUCUAAUUCUUCUGUUGAUCCAAAUGUGAAUUCAGUUGAGGUGUUGGGUGGACAUGGUGCCCAAGCUGUGAGGGAAGAUCUAGACUUCCUAGAGAACCUGCAACCAGAAGACCAAAACCAAGGUAUAGUCAGUGAGGAAGGCAACAGCAACCUUCUUGGGCUCUCCUUCCCCAGAAAGCUCUAGAACAAAUCAUUCAAGCCUAUGUGCUGGAAUGAUGAUGGAAACACCGUGAUCAUCGAUGUGGACCUUUUCCAGAGGGAGAUUCUUAGCCAGAGAGGGGCAGAGAGGAUUUUUGAAACAGACAGCUUGAAGAUGUUCAUUUGCCAGCUGAAUCUCCACAGGUUCAUCCUUGAACAAUUGCUGGGAAAUCAGCCCCUUCAGGAGCCAAGAGGCCCAAUGGGGAAGGGCACCUCUGGGGAUGUCAUGUUUGUGCCUCCACCUAAUGUUGGAAGGCAAGGCACAGGGGAAACACCCAAAAGGUCUCUAGAGAAUGCUCCUUAUAUGUUUGUGUUGCAUUUGUACAACACUUCCUUUUCCGUCAUGCUGGCCACCAUCUUGGCAAUGUUCCAAAAUAAGUCCCCUGACAAUGAGAGAAAUGACAUGGAGCCAGAGGGCAGAUUACAAUGUGAGCAGUUUCAGGAAAAUUCAGAUUCAUGA